AUGGCUUCCAACAUGAGGUUAACCCCUUUGGCUGACUUAAAGCCAUUCAAGACUGGGUGGAAGGUGCAAGUGAAGGGUACCAAAAUCCACGCCACCGUCAAGAAAAACCUGUUGCAUCGCUUUGAGCGAUUGAUGGUUGUCGAUGUUAUUGGACGAGUUGAAAGUGUACGUGAACUUGAAACAAUCCCUGUAAUGAACAAGGACACAAGCAAGCUUGAGUUCGACUUGUGUAAUGCGAAAGAGGAGUGCUUACCAUGCACACUUUGGGGUAAAUUUGGCGAGCAAGUCUAUUCAGCUUUUCAGAAUGUUGGCGAACGUGGUGUCAUCAUUGUAAUCCGUUUUGAGAAAAUCAAUGUGUUUAGAGGUGAACGUCAAAUUACCAGUUCUUUCCAAACCUCUAAGGUGCUCAUAGAUCUUCACGAUCCAGAUGUCAUUGAUUUCAAAAAUAGUUUACCUGCAAAUGACGGAAAUAUUACUUUCUUGAGUAGCAAGCCACAUCAGAGGAUUUUUUAUGAUGGUGAGAGUAAUUUUGAUCAGUUUCCAAUGGUGACUAUUGCUGAACUGCAAGAUUAUCUGGAGAUACAAGAUCCAUAUGUCGUUCCUGAUGUACUGCAAAACUUGGUUGGGAAGACUUUUCAGUUUCUAAUUUGUGUUGAGAAAGAAAAUCUCUACAGUGGUAGUAAUACAUACAAGGUCGAAAAGGUUUGGAAAGGCAAUCAGGUUUUGACUACCACCGUUGAUGAUGCGAAUGAAUCUGAAGAUGGGGGUGAUCAGAGUUUACUCAUGUAUGGCGAUCAGGCAUCACUGAUGAACACACAUAGCCAAGAGUCUUCGGAUGAUGUUUCUGGCAAUAUCAAAACUCUUUUAUCAAAGCGUGAGCGUGAUGAUCCUAAAGAUUCAGUCGACUCAUCCUCAUCGUCUAAGAAGUCAUGUAAUAGUGGAAACAGUGUGGAAAAGACAUAUGCUAAUGAAGUGAUUGAUUAG